CCCUCCUCCAUUCCCUCCGCCAUUGUUCAAAAAUCAAAGCUCCAAACUUUUCUCCUGUCCUUCCUCCCAUCCCACAACUGCGAUCCGAGAGAGAGAUCAGGAGGCGGCGGCCAUGGCGGGAGAGGUGAGCAAGGAGGAGGUAGGGAGCGUCCUCAUGCAGGCCAUGAUGGCCGCCAAGAACCUGCGCCCGCAGCGCGACCGCCUGCUGCAGCUCCAGCGCCGCCUGCAGCGCCUGCGGGCCGCCACCCCCGCCGCCGCCCCCGCGAACGCCGACGACGCCAAGCUCCGGGAGCUCGCCACGGACCUCUUCAAGGUCUACUACAUCGGCAUGGAGGCCGGCGCCCGCAUGCUGAGCACCUGCCUCGAGCUGGCCGUCAAGAACGGGGGCCGCUUCGCCAUGAACCCCUCCUUCGCCGUCAUGCCCGACGAGCAGCUCCACGACGCGCUGCUCGCGCAGCGCCUCCCGGCCCGCCCCACCACCCAGCCCGAGGCCUUGGCCCGCGUCGAGGCCGCGCUCUUCGCCGUCAAGCUGCCCGAGGAGUACCACAUCCCGCGCUGCAUCGAGCACCUCGUCGGCUCCCGCCCCUCGCACCCCGGCGGCAAGCGCGACACCGCCUCGCCGGACGGCAAGCCCAAGACGGCCAUCGACCUGGACAAGGCGCUCGACUUCCUGGACCGCGGGUGCACCAUCCUGAGCCUCGCCGUGAAGCACGUGGACCUCGCCGUCGCCGUGCUCUCCCGCUUCCUCGACCCCAAGGAGCUCGCCAGCCUCGCCGAGUUCACCGACAAGGUCACGUACAUCUCAGAGGACGGGCCAUAUCCAUCAACAGAUUAGGCAGCUCACUACUUCACCCGAUCGAUCCAGGCUGUUGACAAGCGAUUCAAGGUGGUGGGAUUGGGAACCCUUGAAUUGUUGAUCCAAGCCAUGCUCCUCCUACCAAUCAGUCUUUUCUGUUACCUAUGAUGAUCUCUAGCUACUGUACUUUAUUAUUCAGAAGACUUAUGGUUUCAGUUCAGUUUGGUCCGUCAGAUUAAUCUGCUGCUAUGCUACUAUCUGUGUUUAGCUUCAUCAGUCAGGGGUAAUGUAGUAGUGUAGUAUGGCUCUGCAUAUAUAUUAUCUGUGACUGUGAGACAAUCGAAUCGAACGUCAAAUUUGGGAUUUUGGACAUGCCACUAUGUUUUUA